UGCUUUAGUUGCCUUAAUGCUGUUGUAGAAGAUAGACACGAUGGAGAACAGAGUGUAUUUCAUAGCCAGAGAAGACUUUUGUGAGAUGGAACAAGUACAGGAUGACAGGGCAGAGGAAGAGCAGCACACAGCUCCAGUGCCUCAUGUUGAAGCAGAAAGGAAAGUCACCUUGGAGAAGGUGCUGGCGAUCUUCUGUGUUCUCCUACUGGCCGCCCUCAUAUCCCUUUCUGUUUAUUAUUUCAUAACAUUAAAUCACAAGGAGCAAGACUUGGAAGAGUUAAGAAAUGCAAAUGAGAAACUUGAUGAAGAGUCCAAAGAGUUCAGUAAUGUGAAGGACUUCUACUGUGAUGUUACAAACACAACUCACGAAAACACUUGCCCUGUAUGUAAACCGGGCUGGGUCCCCUUCAGGUCCAAGUGUUACUUCUUCUCCUGUAAUAAACUGAACUGGACUGAGAGCUGUGAUAAAUGCAUAAGAAGGGGUGGACGACUAGUGAAUAUCGAAAGUUUAGAGGAGCAGGAGCUCUUAGAUUUGCCAUUUCUACCAUACGUUUACAUGCAUUUCUGGUUUUUGAUUGAAUAUCUGGGAGAUUCGUAA